GACUCAGCAGGAGGAGAAUGCUGGCAGGCAGCGCCACCCCCUUGCACUGAUUGUAGAGGUCCAGAAGUUGUCCAGUCUGGUGCUGCCUUCGGAGGUCAUCAUCGCCCAGAGUUCCAUCCCGGGAGAGGGACUUGGCAUCUUUUCCAAGACCUGGAUCAAAGCCGGCACCGAGAUGGGACCUUUCACUGGCCGGAUCAUCUCCCCGGAACACGUGGAUCUUUGCAAAAAUAAUAAUCUCAUGUGGGAGGUUUUCAACGAAGACGGGACUGUCCGUUACUUCAUCGAUGCCAGCCAAGAAGACCAUCGCAGCUGGAUGACGUACAUCAAGUGUGCAAGGAAUGAGCAAGAGCAGAACCUGGAGGUGGUCCAGAUUGGGAAUAGCAUCUUCUACAAGGCCAUUGAGAUGAUCCCUCCGGAUCAAGAAUUGCUGGUUUGGUACGGGAAUUCUCACAAUACCUUCCUGGGGAUCCCUGGUGUCUUGGGCCUCGAGGAAGAGCAGAAGAAGAGCAAGCACGAAUAUGGGCUUGAUCCAUUCCCCUCUGUGGGCGCACCUGGUCCGGGCAUGACUAUCGUGCAAGAGGACUUCCACGCAGCCGAGGUGGGCGCCAGCUCCACGGGGCGCAUGCGGUGCGUCAUCUGUCACCGUGGCUUCAACUCCCGCAGCAACCUCCGCUCCCACAUGCGGAUCCACACCCUGGACAAGCCCUUUGUCUGCCGCUUUUGCAACCGCCGCUUCAGCCAGUCCUCCACCUUGCGCAACCACGUCCGCCUCCACACUGGCGAGCGCCCAUACAAGUGCCAGGUCUGCCAAAGUGCCUACUCCCAGCUGGCCGGGCUGCGGGCCCACCAGAAGAGCGCCAGGCACCGUCCCCCCAAUGGCACCCUGCAGUCACACUCGCCCGCUUUGCCGGUGCCACACCCCACCUCCCUCGCUCACCACAUCCCCACCAUGGUGCUGUGAAAACGGGAUGGGGGGUGCAGGGCCCUGCUGGUGCUGCUGUGGACUGGUUGGCAUCAACCCAUUGGGGCGCAGGGGCAAGUGGGGGAUUCGCAGCGGAUUGGUCCAGCAGCGACUCUUAGCCAGGAUCGCAAAAUAGAACCUCCAUGUUCAAGCACACGUCUACCAUCUGAGCAAGAGAGGGGGCAGGCCGUGGCCUCCAGGACCCUGCUUGUGAGGCUCCCGGCGGUCUCCGGCUGGCCACUCUUGGAGACAGAGCACUGGGGCUAAGAUGAACCUUUUGGUCUGAAGCGGCAUGGCAGAUCUUAGGGGAUGGCGAGUGGCGUUUCUGUUCUGAUAAGGCCUCACUAUUCCCAUGUGGGGGCUUGAAGACAAGGGGCACCCCUUCCCCCCCAAGUCCUUCAAAAUUUCCAUCCAAAGGCCUUUCAGAUGCAUCCAGGAUGAUUCCACCAAUUGUAGUUUCUUCUUCAUGAUGUAGGGGCUUCACUGUAUUGCCCACUGACCCAGAAAUCCCAGAAAGUGAGGUCAAGGGGGAAUAUUUCUGCAAAUGAGCUCCACGGGUGAAUGUAGAGAGAUGGAGGUCACAUAUUUCCCCCCUCCCAAGUUUAGAGCAGAAAUGGGGGACCUGGACUUCAACCCACAACAUCUCGACUGUCGGCCAUCCUGGCCACAGAGAUCGAUGGGCAAUGAGGCUUGGCGAUAGCUAGCAAGAGAUUCCAGUCCUUUUCUGGAUCCAAAGAGCGAUGACUGCGCACACAGUAUGUGUUUAAAGCACACGGCUUCGCCCAACAAAUCUGGGAACUGUAGUUUACUGCUCACGGAGCUACACUUCCCAGCGUCCUUAGCAAAUGACAAUUCCCAGGAUUCUAGGGGAGCAGAGGAGAAUGUGCUUUAAAUGUGUGGGGUGUACACAACCAAACACACACAAAUCAGUAAUAGCUCACUAUGGCAGAGUGCAGCCCCUGGUUCCCGGAUCCAGACCUAGAGUUCCUAGCAGCUGUUGUUGUUUUCUUUGGAGGGGGGCUAAAUGGUUGGUGGGUAAUCCAGCCAUAGCAGACAGGGAUAUCUCAAGCCUUUGGGGAUACCUCCAAGUCUGUAUUUGGCUCAACUUGGAAAAGUUACUUUUUUGAACUACAACUCCCAUCAGCCCAUGCUGGCUGGGGCUGAUGGGAGUUGCAGUUCAAAAAUGUAACUUUCCCAAGCUCUGGGCUCAAGUCUAACCUCUGUUCUUCUCCGCUGUAGAGAGGCAUCUUCGCCUCCAGCUCCAUCCACAGUGUUAAGCUCUCUUUGGCUUCUAAUGACAACUGUAUGGAUGAGCGAUUGAAGAGAGCGUUCAGGGGCCACUGUAAUCCCAGGAGAACUGCUCCCAACGUUGGGUGGACUGUGAAUGAGGAACACAGAGCAGAGCAGAUGGUUUGUUCAUCUCGGUGAAUAUUGUCUGCUCUGACUGGCAGCAGCUUUCAAGAGUUUGGGGCGGAGAAGAGUCUUUUCUCAUCCGCUGCUGCCUGAUACUUAAAAAAAAAUAGGACCAUUCUGUCCAUCUCAGACCCUGUACAGCAUUAUACAUUUUAAGCACUAUGAUCCCACUUUAAACAGUCAUGGCUACUUCCUCCACAGCAUCCUGGGAACUGUAGUUUGUUCUGGGUGCUGAAAGUUGUUAGGAACCCUCUGAUUCCUCUCUCAGAGCUACACUUCCCAAAGUUCUCUGGGAAGAGGGAUUGACUGUUAAACCACUAUGGGAAUUGUCGCUCUGGGAGGGGAAUUGGGGGGUCCCCUAACAACUGUCAGCACCCUUCAGAAACUACAGUUCCCAGGAUUCUCUGGGGGAAGAAGCUGUGACUCUUUAAAGUGGCAUCAUAAGUGGUACAGGGUGCCCCAGUCCUUUUUCUCCAUACCAAGCAGAAUAGCUCUCUGUCGCUCCACCAUAAGCCUGAUAAACCAGGCUCUUUGCUGUUGUAACAUACCCUUUUUUUUUUUUAAAGAGUACUGAUGAUAUUGAUUCCUAUUGAAAAGAGAAGAGGCACAGAGUUGUCGCAAAUGGUGUUUUUCUUCCAGGAAACGCUGGUCACUUUAACCUUGUAAAUAUCAAUUCGUGUAAAACACUAUUUGAUAUUAUAUAUAAUUUGAUGGUAUUAUGUACACAGCUGUAUAGAUCUUUGUAUCUCUCUCACUCUCUUGUAUUCUAAAUAAUAAUAAUAGAGUAAUAAUAAUAAUAAUAAUAAUAAUAGAACUACAAAUUACUGACAAUGGAAGAAAAUGCUUGGGUGUUUCAGCUUUAGAUUUUUCAAAGUUUACAUAGUUUUUGUUUUGAGAGUUGGGGUGAUCUGGAGGCUGUGAGCCUGAAUUAAAGUCAUGUCUUUGCCAUAAGCCUUCCUGUGUCCAA